CUGCGAUGUCAAGCUUCUACCUACCUUUUUACUUGCACAUAGCUAGAUAAUCAGGUGACGUAGAUUAAAUUGGGGCUAAUCAUUUCAAAAUGUAAAGUAUGUCAAAUCCCUGCUGCCGAGAACGGGAAACCCUGUCGAUUAGCCGUUGGCCCGAAAGGCCCGCCCACAAGAUCGAAACGUCAUGAAACCAAAAGGCCGCCAUUUUUAAUACAUCAAUGGAUGUAUGAUUUGGUUAAAUAGAGACUUAACAUUCUUAUGAAACAGAUAGUAAAUACUUACUUAUUUGAUUAAUCAAGACAUAAGCUGGAAUUGAUAGAGCAGUUAUAUUAUGUAGAGUUUAUUAGCAGUUCAUUAGCAAACAAAAGAAAAACCUGUCAUUGAUUAGAAAAAGUGAGAAAGAUCCGUUUGAACCCAAUUGUAUAUUCAUGUGUUUGCUAAAAACAUUGUUCUCAUUUUUUUUUACUGUAUGUGUACCUGUAAUUUAUCACACAGGAACACAAAUUCUACAUUUACCAACAGCACUUUAUAGUACCAUUAAUUGUAAUUUAAUUACGCAGUUUUACCUAAAAUAAGUACCAGAUUACAUUGUUCUUUCUAAGAACUCAACUCAAAUUGUAAAAAGCCCCAUGAAGAGUCACAGGUGGGGCUCUAAAUUAAUAUUAUGAAUGUAACAGAACCCUAUGUCUCCAAAAAACACUGUUACAUUUCUAAUCCAAUGUGUUUGUGCGUUUCCAGGUCACGGCUCUGUGGACGACAUGCUGGACACUGAAAACAAACGCCUGGCCGAGAACCUGGCGACCAAAGUCUCCAGACUGAAAUCGCUAGCGUACGACAUCGACAGAGAGGCUGACGAUCAGAACGAGUAUCUGGACGGCAUGGACUCUAACUUCCUGAGUGUGACGGGCCUGCUGAGCGGCAGUGUGAAGCGUUUCUCCACCAUGGUGCGAUCUGGCAGAGACAACCGCCGCAUCCUCUGCUACGUCUCCGUGGGCCUCGUCGUAGUCUUCUUCCUGCUCUACUACAUGGUCUCCAGGAUCCAACGCUAACAGAGGGGGGAAUAAAAAGCAAUCAGCCAGGAGCUGGUGCGAACGACUCUGACGUCAUUACUCGUCUCUGUGGUUCCACUGAGAAGACGUUUCAUUCUGCACCUGAGUGAGAAAACUAACAGGAAGUAGACAUAAAACAUUUUGUUUUGACCAGCAGGGGGGGGGGGGACACAAUGCUGAGCGUUGUCAUACCAAAGACGCUGGAGUCUAUUAAAACACACAAAAAAAAAAUACCUGCACAACUUUAGUUCCCGUCUGCCGCAGCCCGGAUGUGCUUAUACGGGCAAGGAGAAGGUGGAGCCUGAACGCAUCACGGGUGGAAGAAGAACCAACAACAGCUGAGUGGCCGUGUCUCAGUUCCAGACUACACAAUCAUUUAAAGCACUUUUUAAGUGGAAGCUAGUUACACUGCAAAAGUGACAAAAUUAUAUAACAUAACAAUAUAACAGACUAAAAAUGCACAAAGGAAAUUAAGGAACGACUCACGGCUGUAAAAGUAUAAAAUCUCUUGAAAAACAUUGUGCUUUUGGGGGAGCAUAUUUUAUUACUUCCUUUCAGUACAAAACAGAAAAGAUGAUUUGUAUUCAAACAGCAAAAUAAACGUAUAUAACGAUAUAAUUGUAUGUCGUGUGGAAUUGAGACGCAGCAGCUUAGAGCAGCAAGUGACGUCGCCGUCUGCUAUUGGCCGGUCUCCAGUGCAGCCGAUGCGUCGGACUGUCAAUCAACUGUUAUUUUACAUGUCUGUGUUUUGAUUAUAUUAAACUGAUUAUAUGUUUAAGAAAACUCUAAAAAUGAAAGUUUUCAGCAGUUUAAGUUCAGUGUGUGUUUGCGGUAAAGGCCUGUUUCCUUCUAGUAAUUAAUAUGAAAUGGUGGUACCUGUUCUGUUAUCUAUAUAUUAUGUUAUAAAUACAUAUAUUAUCAUAUAAGAGGGUUAAAAAUAAUUUACUUUCUCUAUGUGUUUACAUUCCAGAUGUCUAAACUGCUAACAGCCGACAUUGAAAAUCGUUAUUAAUACACAUGACAUUAAAUGGCUUUAAUUGUAGAAUUUGUUGGGGAGUUAUUUAGGUUCUGGGUAUAAUGUAAACUAACGUGUGACAGUCAUCAAUAAAAAGGUGCAUAUUUUUACUAUCAGAA